AUGUCGACGCCAACACCCUCGACGUUGCAGCAGCCCGGCUCGGCCUCGAAAAAGGCCGCCGGCCAUGUCACCACCCCUUCGCAUAUGGGCCUCGCGUCGCCCGCGCCUCGAUCUGUACCCUCACCAGCAGCGACGCGCAAAGACCAAGCAGGCAAGACUCCGACCAACCACCCCACGGUGAGCUCGCAGGGCAGUAAGACUCUCUACGGCACACCGAUGGUGCCCAGUCUGAGCCAGACGGGCAUUGGCUCGUCGCCUGGGCAGGGCGUGAGCUUUGGAACACCGGGUGCGCUGGCUGGUCUUGGUGUGGAUCUGGGCUCUGCGACGCCCGGGCAAUUGGCCAAUAUGACGCCGUCGCUGGGAGGUGCGGCGGCGAUGAUGCCGACUAUGAGCGAGCUGGGCUUCUCUGCGACAGCAUCGAAGAGGAAUGAGGAUGAGGAGAGACGCGCGAAGAUGAGGAAGGUAUUGAAGAGCAUUGGAAAGACGAAGGGGAGAGUGAGUGAGGAGGCUAUUGCGCGCGUCGCGAGAAGAGUUGGGUUCAGCGAUAAUAUCAGCGACCACUAUGCCAAAGAGGAUGCGGUCAAAGACCCUCGAAUCGUUGGCAAUAGGGAGCUGUUCUUGGCCGGGAGCAAUGCCAGAUCUUCAUUGGCCAUCACGCUCAAGGACCACGUCGUCCAGACUGUGGAUGCCAGCAUCUUUGGGACAGAUGGUCAACCUCUGCAGGAGAUGCGUGAGACGGCAGGGCAGCUGUUCCUCAAAGACCUUAGCGUGCCGAGUGGCAUACUUUUAGAGUCCAACCUGGAUCGAUUCGCAGCCAAUCUCGAUCGACUGGCAAGAAUCGAGAAGUUGUCUGCCGGCAUCAGUUGCUUCGAAGCGAUCAACGGUCUUUAUCGAAGCUUGCGGAAGCUGAAUGGGCUCGAGCAAGAGCAGGUUCGGUCAAAGCAACAGGGGAAGACAUCCGAAUCGGAGCACAGUGCGGACGUCGAAGUGCUGCGAAAGAGAAGUGGAAGACCUACAAUGCACGAACACGGCAAAUUUGGCCUGGCCUUGGAAUACUGGUCCACGGAGAUAGCUCGUGAGGAAUCAGCUAUGGACAUCGACGGUGCCGAGACCACGAGCGACGCAGCCGGCAGCAUUUACAGCCUACAGAUCGAAGCAGAGGGAUCGUCGGCAGCAAUGUACACACCCUUACGAUGCUCGAAUGACUGGCUGCCAGAAGAUCUGACCCUCUCUGACCCCGGAAUAGGCCAGGGGUUGCCGUGGCUUGAGCCGCCCGCGACGUUCGUACAACAGACAUCUGGCACUGGCCACGAGGAUGCGAUGGCCAUUGACGGCGGGCAACAUCUGCCCGACAUUCGCUUUGUGGCCAGACUCGAUCCACCUCUGGUUGUGCCGUAUCAAACAGCCACAAACAUGCUCUCCCACCUUGGCAUGGCGCCACCACAAGUCGACUUCAUGCUACAUUACUACGCGUUGCUUCUUGAGAUUCCCGCUCAAACGAUCUAUGCCGGAGACGGUAUCGAGAUCGAGGCUGAGCAGAAUGUGCUGACAAUGAAGGGCGGAGAAGAAGCGGAAGUCACACAUCGAUACAGUCUCGAUGUCUCGAAGCCAGACUGGGGCUAUAAGCUUGAGAAACUACCGUUUUCGCACCCUAGGCAGCUCGUUGAGCUGCUUCCACAUCUGCGACAAUGGGCACAUGUUGGUGAGCUCCUGCGCAACGCUUUUGGCAGCAAUCCAACAGCACCGAAGCCCAAUGGUGCGGCCUUUGCCAAUGGUGGCGUCCAUCCGGCCGCUGCCAACGAUACCGGCCUGGACGAUGUUCCUCUCGACGACAUCAUGGCCACGCCAAAGCCCCUCGACGAAGACGAGACAUUGUCCGUGGAUAUUGGGCUGACGACCUCGCCCCAGCCGACCUUGUCUCUCACGUACUCUGAUCCAGCCGUGGUCGGCAUUCGCAGUAUCACUGCCCAGAUUCAGCCAAACGCAGAUGUCAUGGUCACGAUUGGCGACGAGGAUGAAGCGAUCGUUGAAGAUGGUACUUCUUCGUCCCAAAAGGCCCAGAAGCUUGCGCAUGGACUUUCUGGCUGCAACGACUUGGGCGUAUGGCUUGAGUGGGUAAGAAGCUCACCUUAA